AUGGACUCUCAUGAUGUCAGUACAGUGGCUUCAACCGUUACACAUCCACUCCAAGAGUCACACUCACUUUAUGAAUCACAUCCACUUCAAGAAUCACAUUCCCUUCAAGAGUCAUGUUCACCUCAAGAGUCAUGUUCACCUCAAGAGUCAUGUUCACCUCAAGAGUCAUGUUCGCUUCGAGAAUCAUGUUCGCUUCGAGAAUCAUGUUCGCUUCAUGAAUCAUGCUCACUUCAAGAGUCACAUCCACUUCAAGGGUCACAAGAAAUUCCCCCACUUCAAGAAUCCCAAGAGACAUCUACACCUCAAGAAUCCCGAGAGACACCUCCACCUCAAGAAUCCCGAGAGACACCUCCACCUCAAGAAUCCCGAGAGACAUCUCCACUUCAAGAAUCCCGAGAGACAUCUCCACUUCAAGAAUCCCAAGAGACACCUCCACUUCAAGGGUCCCAAGAACUUCAUUCAUUUCAAGAAUUAUCUUCUGUCAUUACACACACAUUAUUAUUACAAGAGUCAUCACCAAUAUUAAUACACCCAUUACAAGAGCCACCACCAAUAUUAAUACACCCAUUGCAAGAAUCAUUAACAACCGUUGAAUAUCCUUCUACAACUCCAUCAUUAACCGCUCAUAUUUUUAUGCUUUCUGAUGGUGCACGUGACCAUAACUUUGAAUAUCUUCCUUCGUAUCAUUCAGUAAUACAAGACAUGCCUCCAUUUACCAUUUUUGCAUUUCUCCAAUAUCAAGACGUUUUAUUAACAUAA